AUCUGAAGAAAGCGCAAUUUAAUUUGUUUCUGCUCGGCAAAGAAACUGCGUCCUGAAUACGAGGGCGGUGGUUUGACUAACGGUACUGCUACUGCCUUUAUCUGACACUACAGGUAGCCCGUUCCCGUUUGUUUGGUGAUGCUGUUUGACAUUAUGAGGCCAAGCGGAGCGGUUGCGACUGUGAUGCUGCUGGUUCUGCUGCAGCUCCUCUGUGUCAAACCAAUGAACGCGGAGGAAUCAGGGACGGUCAUCCCCGCAGAGAGUCGACCAUGUGUUGACUGCCAUGCCUUUGAGUUUAUGCAGAGAGCCUUGCAGGACCUGAAGAAAACAGCUUUCAACCUGGACUCACGGACGGAGAGUUUGGUACUGCGGGCUGAGAGGAGGGCGCUGUGUGACUGCAUGCCUUCCAGCAGCCUGCGCUGAAAUCCAGCCAUAAACACUGCAGUCAUUUAUAGAAAUCUUGGUAGCACUCUAUUUUACAGUACUGUUCUACAUUUAUGUACUAUAUAAUUACAACAGCUACAGUAAUUACUAGGUACUAACCCUAAACCUAACCUUAACCCAUAUAAAGCACAUGUAGUUACCUAAUAUUACUCAGUACUUUCUUGGGUAAGUACACUGUAAGUAUACUGAAAGUACACCCACUCUAAAAUAAAGUGCAACCAAAAUCUUUGUACUUAAUAGAUACUACUUGCUGUCAUGGUCAUAUAAUCUCUCUUUUACUUUCAAACGCAAAAGCAUACAGUAUAUGAUCACGUAGUAUCAUAGCAUUCAUGGACACAUGGUUUCUAUUUGUACCAUUAAACAACAUUGUAAAUUACAAUUCCUGACUAAAGCGUUAACACAACAUUCCACAGAAAAAUUAUAAUAAUGAUAAUAAUACAAAGUCAUUGUUGAGAAGCACAUUCAAAUUAAAGCAGCAGCUAUAAUGCGGUGUGUGUGUGUGUGUGUCCUCUCCACACACCAUGCACUGCAAAACACAGAGCAAACAUUAAAUACCCCAGACUUUAUUUGCACAGUAGAAUGUAUCUUUUUCACACAUGUCUGACUUGUUAUGGAAAUAUUUGAUUAAAAGUUACAACAGAAUGCUUAUUUCUAGAAACAAUAAUCAAGCACAGAUGAAUUUAGAUAUUAAAGAAUGUGAAACUUUCUAGCAUAUCAGUUUUUAUAUGUAGAGCUUUAGGAGUUGUCUUAGGGUUUGCUUUAAUAUAAUUUGAUAACAACGGAUGAUUCGAUAAUGAUAAGACCCUGUAAAGUGACGAUAAUGUAGCAUUUUUAUAUUGGGAGCUUUGUAAAGCCAAAAUAUAUGUGCGUAUUCACAAAAUAUGAUUAUAGUAGAUAAGUUGUCAAAAAAAAAAAAAUAAAGAUUGUAAAAGGAAACAAGAAAUGAUGGUUUCAUUUAUAUAAUAAUCUGCAACACUGAUGUAAGUACACUGCUGUAACAAUGUUUUUUGUGUGUAUAACAAAGGUGCAUUUAACAAAGCAUGUGUGAUGUCAUAUUUGCUUCAUAAGAAAUUAAAGCACAAGUCAAAACAAA